GCGCGACGCGGCGCGGGCUCUGCCCAUGGCGCUCGUCCUGGCCGCGGUGGCCGCGGGGGCCUGGGCACGGAGGCCGCCGAGCGAGCUCUGGCCGGGCCAGGGCUGCGCCACACCGGGCCGCUGCUGUCCCGGCCGCGACCCGACUUGCGCCGCCCGCGGGCCCCCGCCCUGCUUCUGCGACCAGGCAUGCGGCGCGGCGCGGGACUGCUGCGCCAACUACGCGCGGGUUUGCCCAGCGGUCUCCUGCAUUGUGGCAGAGUGGAGUGACUGGAGUCGCUGUGCCAGGCCCUGCCAGGUCUCUUAUCGUGUCCGCCGGAGGCAUGUCCUGCGGGAGCCAAGGAAUGGGGGUGUUCCCUGCCCCCCACUGGAAGAGAGGGCUGGCUGCGUGGAGUACCGGAGCCGCCAGGGAGUAGAGUGCCAACAGUCCUUGUUCCCAGCUCUGAUAACCCCAAGCAGCUAUGGAAAAGAGUGGAAAAAGCGAGGUGUUCCCAAGGAGCAGGGGACAGUAGGGUACUGUGUCCAGUUCCGGCUGGGACCCAUUCCGGGGAGCUGCGGGCAGGUGAGGGCGCCCCAUGUCCAGUGGACAAGGUAUCUGACCCAGGGCCACACAGUCUGUGUGAAGUGUGAGUGGCCCGCCCAGGACACCAGGAGUCAGCGCUGCUACGGGGACGGCGACGGGGACAGAGGGAACCAGCUAUUGCUGUGGCGAGCGGCCGGCCACCCCCGGUGCCGAGGGACCUGGGAGAGGCUCGGGCAGCUCCUGGUCUGUUCCUGCCCUGCGGUCCACAGCCUUGUCUUCAUCUAGCAGCCAUGGCCCCCCAACUGCCCAUACCCCUCUUUCCAGAGUCACCUGGAUGGCAGGAAAACCUCUAAGAGGGCUUGGGAUUCUGCAGGACGAGGGAGUGGGGACAAGUCUGCAAUUUUGAGGCUGAAGGAGCAACCCUUGUCCUUAUAUCAAGACACUGAAAAUAGCUUUAUGUCUCCACUCUGCGUCAGCUGAGUCGAAGCCUUAACUAACAUCUUCUUCGGGGUUUCUCAAAUUUCAUCUCCGAUACACUCUCUUGUGGCUUUUGCCCUGUUCUCCUUAACUGUACAUUUAAUUUUUUAAAUUCUCUCCAUCCCCCCUUUUUCUUAAAUAAAUUUAUUUUAAAAGGAAA